UCCUAACGGGAAGGGACUAUGGCAUGAGGGCGGCUGCGGACCCGCGUCGUCGCGUGCAGGAGCAGAGGACCCGGACCGGAGGACGAUGGACUUGAGGAGGCGCGGAGCGACAGGAGCGAGCGGAGCGAGCGGAGCGCAGGGACCACGGAGCACAAAGCGCGCGGCGGAGAAGGCUCGUCUGGCCGCCUGAACGCGACUCGCCCUCUGUCUGCAGACGCGCCGGAGCGGAGACACACGGCGGGCCGAGCCCGGCCUGCCGCACGGCCCCCCGCCACCGAGCGACCGAGCCCCGCAGCGCCGAAGAGGCACGAGCGCCGCGGAAGAUGAGCGAGCAGAGCAUCUGCCAGGCGCGGGCCUCCGUCAUGGUCUACGACGACGCCAGUAAGAAGUGGGUUCCCAUCAAACCGGGCCAGCAGGGCUUCAGCCGCAUCAACAUCUACCACAACACUGCCAACAACACCUUCCGGGUGGUGGGCGUCAAGCUGCAGGACCAGCAGGUGGUGAUCAACUACUCCAUCGUGAAGGGCCUGAAGUACAACCAGGCCACCCCCACCUUCCACCAGUGGCGCGACGCCCGGCAGGUCUACGGCCUCAACUUCGCCAGCAAGGAGGAGGCCACCACCUUCUCCAACGCCAUGCUGUUCGCCCUCAACGUGCUCAGCUCGCCUGACAGCGGAGGUCCAGUGGUUCAGCGCCAGAAUGGGCCGUCUUCGGACGAGAACGAGGCUCAGAGGAGGAUGAUGGAGCAGCAUCAGAUGCAGGCGCACAAGGAGAGGGAGCGGCGGACGUCAGGAUCAGUCGUUUCCACUCUGCAAUAUAAAGUCUCCACCCCCCCCACCCAGCCAGACACUCCCCCCGAGUACAGACAGUACAGGGCUAGCACACUGCCCCCCUCCUACGUGCGCGUGGCCUCCGCCUCCCCUCCCUCCUCCGCCUCCAUCUCCCCCGCUCAGGAGAAAGAGGCGGGGGCGGCGAGGGACAAGGCCCAGCUCUCGUCCCAGCUCUCCACCUCGCUGGCCUCCGCCUUCUCCCCGGUGCAGGCGGGGGUGCCCACCCAGGGCCGGCAGGUCCGCCAGAUCCCCCUGUCUCCGCCCACGGCGGCGCGCCACCUGCUCCUCCAGCAGCAGCAGCAAGACGUCCUGCUGCCGCCGAAACACGGCACCUGGUCGGCCUCCCACAUGCAGCAGAUGUACGCCCAGCUGCCGGCCUCCUCGUCCCCGCCCGUCAUGAUGGCCAUGCCCGUCAAGCAGGCCGCGCCCCCGCCGCAGCCGGCGCUGCCGGUGGCCCACCCCCUCCCGCCCCUGAACGCCCGGAUGAAGCCCCCGCCCCUCGACCCCGGCGCCGUGACGGGCCCCCCCCAGUACGCCCAGCACCAGCACCAGCCCCACCCUCACUCCAACGGCCAGCCGGACGACUCCUACUCCCCCCACUCCCAGCACCUCCCGCUCACGCCGCAGUACUGCGAGGCCGUCCCGCUGCCUCCCCUGACGGGCCCGCCCGGCCCCGCCCACGCCCCCGGCCCCGCCCCCGGCCACCCGCCCCAGUACCCCUCCACCUUCCACCCUCAGCAGCAUCAGCAGCACCUCCUCCUCCACCAGCAGCAGCAGCAGCAGCAGCAGGUGUUCCACCAGCAGGCCCAGCCCCACACCACCACCUCCACCUCCUCCUCCUCCUCCUCGCCCCCCUCUUACACUGCCAUGUCUGACGGGGGCUCGCCCAAGAAGACCCCCUCCCCUGUCCCCCAGCCGGCCCCCGUGGCCAGCAGCAGCCCCCCUGUCUCUGCAGGUCACCCAGCCAUGCUCUCUGUGGCGCCGCCUCCCUCCGCGGUGCCCGGCCCCCCGGCGCCCCCGCCCCCUCCGGGGCCGCCGCCCCCGAUGGCCGUGCCCCCGCCGAUGCCCCCUCCGCUGCCCGCCGGCGGGGGGCCCCCCGGGGGCCCACCAGGGGCCCAGCACCAACCCUCAGGACUGGCCGCGGCCCUGGCUGGAGCCAAGCUGCGGAAAGUGCACCGGGAUGAGAGCAGUCCUCCCGGGUCUGGGGGGAAAAGCGACUCCAACCGGUCCAGUGGGGGCAGCGGCGGCGGCGGCGGGGGGGAGGGGCUCAUGCAGGAGAUGAAUGCCUUACUAGCUCGCAGACGGAAAGCUUCUGAGAAACCAGACGAGGACGACUCCAGCGGUCGGGGGCAGAACUCAACAGAUGCUGUGAAGAAGCCGUGGGAACGAUCCAACUCCGCAGAGAAGUCCUCUCUGGUGUCCAGAGUCAGGCCGAUCGGCAGCACCAGCGAGUCGGACACGGAGUUCGACCGGAUGAAGCAGGAAAUUCUGGACGAAGUUGUGCGCGAGCUGCAUAAGGUGAAAGACGAGAUCAUAAACGCCAUCAGACAAGAAAUCGGCAGAAUCGGUACGUCCUAAUCCCCCGUGAUGGAGGAGGAGGAGGAGGAGGAGGCGGCGGAGAGCGGCAGGAGGAGCUGGAGGAGGAGGGACAUGCAGAUGCACAGACCCGAGGACCAGGGAAUGUUCUCUCAAUGUUUCUGUGACCUGGAGACGCCACGGGGCGAGUUGCAGAGAUGUUGUGCCAACAUUGAAGUCUGCUGGACAGCAAAAGACGAAGAGAGGAGGGAAGAGACGGAGCGAUGAGGAGGAGGGGGGGGGGAGGGGUUCACCGGGAGGAUGGCCGGACGCUGGCUUUGUGAUGGAGGCGGGAGGAAGUGAGGGACGACGGACGACGGACGGUCCUCUCUGCGCUCCUCCGCCCAGUCGGCCCCGCGGCGCCACUCUGUGUUCUCUGUUCAGUCCGGGUCUUGAGAAGAAAAUAUUUUUGUUUUCUAAGUUUUUACUGUUUUAUUAUUUAAAAACUGUGGUGAUAAUGACGAUGCUGUUGAUGACAAUGAGUAUUUUAUUGAUAUUAUAGAAGGAAAAAGGAAUCUUGCACACCGUUUAUGUCAGCCUUUUCUAUUUCGGAUGGUUUGUGUUGAGUUCGUCCCUGAGUAGCUAACUGUCUGACGAUUACAAGCACAACGUGGGCGGAACGGUGCCGCAGACCCACCGGCCCUCAACCGGCGUCAUGAAGAAAGCUUUUCACCGCCUUGCUCAUACUGGCGUUGUGCGUUUAACCUUUUCCCGCCAAACAGAAAAAAAAAAAAACUGUAAUCAACUUCAAUUACUGCUUUCCUCAGUAUCCAAGAAACGCAAUCCAACAGUGACUGAGUUACCGGAGCAGAGCAGCCCCAGUACGGCCGAGUCGUCUCUCUCCAGCCGUCCAGAUGCGUGGGGAUCGUUCACUGAACAGGCCCACAACUGUAAAUGUGCCACCUGGUUUUACCUAGAUAUAAAACUGUAGUCCAAUCUAGUAGUCACCCUAUGCUUUGUGAGCCUCCCGAGUAUGCAUGAAACCCUCCGUCUCUUAAAAAAUUACUUUUUUCUUUAUUUGGUUUGGGGAAGAAGAAGAAGAAGAAGAAAAAAAAGUCAAAUAUAUAUAAACGGUGGUACAUUUAUUAUAGUGGUUUGUUUCUAUGAAGGUUCCCCUCUCUUUAUAUGAGCUGUUGAUAAUGGUAGCGAUGUGAAGGGAGGAAAAAAAAAAAGAAAAGGGAGGCGCUCCGGCGAUAUGCAAAUAGAUAAGAAUGUGCAGAAAGUGAAGCGUAGGCCGACGUGAUGGUAGCUCGAUGUGUGUGUGCAGGAGGAUCCGGGGGAUUAUCGGUUGUUGCAUUCUAUCCACUCUGUCCGCUCUCAAAUACCUUCUCAUUUAAAAGCUGGAAGUAAAUUUGUUCAA